AAAAUCAGAAUCACACUACUAAUACUCAAAAAAUUGGAGCAGCAGAGCCAUGCCUUGUCUUCACUUCCGAUCCCAAACCUCGCCUCCGUUGGACUUCCGAUCUUCACGAACGAUUCGUUGACGCCGUCACUCCGCUUGGUGGUGCCAAUAGUCUGUGCUUCUCUUUCUUCCUUUAACCAUUUCUCUUUUAGCCUUUUCCUUCAUCCCUUCUUAUUAUAAAAAGUUUCUAACUUUAUCGUUUGCUCGGCAUUUUACUUGUUUGUCCUCUGAUUCUCUUCUACUCUGGUGCAUAUAUGUGCCUUGCGUAGUUUCACUACUUUGUCCAAAUAAAUUAAAAUUUCUCUCGACUCUGUCUUCUUGUUGCUUUAAAGUAGUUUAAGCUUAUCAAAGUAGCCAAAUUUUUGCGUCUGGAAGUAAAAUUCAUGUCUUUUAGCUGUGUGAGACCAUGUUAGUUUGGUAUUGAGUAGUUCAAAACUCCGUUUUAUUAAAUCCGUUAUCCUUUUUUUUUCAAACUCUCUAUGUUGUUUUGCUGCCUUGUGGGAACACAAAGUUGGGCCUUUCCUUUUCUUCUUCUCAUGUUUAAUGUGAAUUCUGGCUUUGCUUGUGUGUAUUUGCUAGAGCUUUUAUGUGGUCAACUUGCAAACAAACUUAGCUAAACUUGACUAGCCUGAAAUAGGUAGAUUUUCAAGGUUAACUAACUUAAUAAACAAACAAAUGAUCAAGAUUGAAUUAUACUUGACUUCCAUCCCUGUUUCUUUGCUUGUAAAUUAGAAUUUGUUCUUGUUCACAUGGCAGAUGGAAUAGUUUUGGUGUUUAUACUAGCAAGCCAAAACUGCUCUUAUUUAAUUUGUUUGUUACUAGUUCACCAGAAUUACCUCCAUACCUAGUUUAGCAACUGUUGGGAAUCUGUUAACUGUUUGGAUAAUGAUGCUGCUAGUGUUCGAACUAAGUGAGGACAUGAACAAUAAUUGCAGAAGCUACACCAAAGGCCAUCAUGCGGACAAUGAACGUAAAGGGACUUACACUCUUCCAUUUAAAAAGUCACCUCCAGGUUUUGUUUCAUUUUUCAAUAAUAUUUCUGGCGUAAUGCUACUUAAUUGUUCAAAAUUGUGGUGGAAUGUAUUGAGUAUCAACCCAUAUAUUAAGUGGUAAACUAACUACUAGCACAUAAAGCUGGCUGGCAAUUCGUGUUCACAAAGCAUAAAAAUGUCAUGUCAACAUAUACUUAUAACAUAAAUAUAUCUAUCUCAAACAUGACUCAUUUAAUUAAUUAUAUCAAAAUGCUCAACCCUUAUAUGGAUAUGUUUAUGAUACAGGUUACAAGAUAUGUAAACUUAUUUAAAUAAAUGGAUCAUUAUACAUAUUAUAUGACACGACAUGACACGUUUCACCCUUCAAAUAAAUAAAUGGAUUGUGUAAAUUUGUUUUAAUAAAAUAAUUAAAAAAUUUUUAAUUUUAUAAAGAUAAGGAUGUUUUAAUUAAAAUUUUAAAAUAUGAAGUUUAAAUAAUUAAUUUUAAUAAAUUAUAAGGAGCUGAUAGUAAUUUAUCCGAAUAAAAAUGAGAGAAAUAAAAAAUAAGAAUAGAAGGAACCGAAGUAUCAUCAUGGGGGGCAGGGGGUGCGUGACUUGGUUCUGCUGUUCUUCAUUCUUAAUUUCAUUUGGGUCAAUCUCUCUCUCUCUCUCUCUCUCUCUCUCUCUCUCUCUCUCUCUCUCUGCGUUUUUCUUUGAUACACAAUUUCAGCUCUCUCUCCCUCCAUUCCUUUCCCUUAAUUAUCUAUUCAACACCUGAGAUUAACAGCUCUAUCUCAGAUUGAUAGUUAAUCUGUAUCUUAAGCAAUAGCUAUCAAGAAUGAUACAAGGCCAGCAGCUCCAAAAUCUCCUAUUUCAUGAGAUUAAUCCAAUAUAGAUCUGGGAAGAACAAAGCUAAAGAUGGAGAUGAUAAAUUCAAGAGAUGGAGAUGGGGAUCAAGAGACGAGUGUUUCAAUUGCUCGUGGGGGACCUAUUUACGUUCCCAACUUGGUGGGACCUCUCACCAGGGUUCCUGACUUUGAGUCUGCUCUUUUCUAUGAACUUGAGGAUUUGAAGGAUGAAUUGUGCUUGCAUGCUAUUUCACCAUCCAAUGAUGAUAAUAUUUUGAUUGAUAAGCUUAAAAUUUAUAGCGACGAGGAUUUGGUGGAGAUGGCCUUGAAGGAAACUCUGAAUAAGAAUGAAAGUUCCUUGCGGCCAUCCUCAGAGGGCUUGAUUGCCAGGUUUAUUGUGGUUUAUUCAAGAUCAGAUACCUCUUUUCUUCUCAUGUAUGCAUGCAUGAGAGAAAAUGAUAUUAGGGAUUCAAGCAAUAAUACAGAUUUGGAAAGCUCUGAAUUAGGAGAUCCUUCAGCCACUUUGGAAUCAUUAAAUGGAGAAACUUAUUGCAACGGAACAAUUGCUAACAAGAAGUCAAGGAAGAGACAAAGACUGUUGAAAUCUUCAGAUGGAUCUCGUAGUGGAACCAGCUGUAAUAGAACUAUCAUUAACAACAAUUCAAGGAAGGGAAAAGGAAAGAAGGCAAAUAAAUGUGAUGUUGGCGAGAGUUGCUUUGCGAAGGUGGAUGAAGUAUUGAAAAUCAAACAAAAGCAGGAUCAAGACAAAGCAACUGUCAGACUGCAUUCAUUUAAUUGCAAAGCCAACAAGGGUGCCAUUCCAUCCUCGGAGCCAGAGAGCGGUGAAAGGCUGAAAAUGCUACUAUCUACAAAUUCUGGGAAACAGCAGUUAAAGCCCUCAAAUGUUCAAGAACACAUACCUGUACAUCAUCCAGAGGUUCUUUGCAUUGAGGUUUACCACAACAUACGACACUGGUUAAAGACACAAGAGUUAUUGGUCCUAGGAAGACAAAUGUUAACUGAAAUGAGGGACAGGAUUUAUUGCAUGACAGACCAAGUGAUGCAAAAGGCAGGGCAUUAUGAUCCAUCCGGAUAUUUUCUCAUAGAAGAUGUGUUUUGCAAUGAUACAAGGGAUCCAUCUGCAAUAGAUUAUAGUGAACCUAUUUUUGAUUGGCUUACAAACUCAAAAGAUGAUGCUCUUAGAAAAUGGGAAUGUAUCAUAAGUGGUGAGUUACAACGAAAACAGAAAGCAGUCAUAGGUGAGGUAACAACUUCACAAUUGCCCCAAUUCAGACGUGUUGACAUGCAAAAAACUCGGUUUUGUGACUUGAGAUUUCGUCUUGGUGCUGGAUACCUCUACUGUCAUCAGGGAGACUGCAAGCAUACCAUUGUCAUCAGAGACCUAAGAUUGAUUCAUCCUGAGGAUGUCCAAAACCGGGCAGCUUAUCCAAUAGUAAUUUUCCAACUAAAAUUACGUUUCCAGAAAUGCAAUGUUUGCAACAUUUUCAGGGCUACAAAAGUGACUCUGGAUGACAAAUGGACCCCAGAUAACCCUUGCUAUUUCUGUAAUGACUGCUAUUACCUUCUUCACUACUCUGAGAAUGGAUCUCUACUAUACAGUGAUUUCUCAACUUAUGACUAUCUUCAUGACUAAUUCUUGUAUUUGAUCUUUGUUUUUGAACUUGCAAUUGCUUGAACAAGUACCUUUCUUGGCAACCAUAGUUUUAAUUGUAGCGAUAAAUUCCAUGAGUUUAUAAGUCUAAAGACUACUGAUUAUUAAAA